AUGGCCGCGAUCUUGAAGCACGUGUUACUACUCCAGAGAAACGUACCCGCCGCCGCCGCCUUCUACGAGCAGGGACUCGGCCUCAUCGUCACCCAGUGUAGCGAUUCGUACGCGGAACUGGGCGACGGCCUCGACACGAACGGGCGGCCCGUGGACCCGAAGGACGAGAAGGCCAAACCCAGGACGGUGCUCGCCCUCAAGGCGGUCGGCAACGUGUCGCAGCUCACCACCGGGUAUUCCCCGUUCGUCAACUUCGAGGUUCGGGACAUGGACACGGCGGUGAACAACAUGCUGCGGAUGGGGGCGGAGCUGGACGGACCGAUCAAGUACCCGCCCCAGGGGAAGGUCGCCGCGUUGCGAGGACCCGACGGUCACAUGCUCGGCCUUUACGAGAUGUCGGACUCGCCAUUCGCGGGUGGUAACGUCAUGAUGGACAUGGAUCGUGUGAACGCCCUCAAGGAGGGCAAGGACUAG